GCAGCAGGCACCUCUCAGGGCUGUGUUUAUGCUUCCCGGCGAGGGGCUGGGGCGGGCAGCAGCGGCGGCGAAGGAGAGACUUGGGGGAGAUAAUGCCGUGGCGGCGGUGGCUGCCUGGCAACUCCAUUCCUCCUCCCAGCCAGUUAAUGAGACCGAAGUGGAGGACGUCCCGAGGAAGGAGGUGGAGGCGGCGGCGUUAGGAAGGGAGUCGCCGAGGAGUGUGUCAGAAAAGAGUCCUGCAACUGCUGCCCGGCUGCUUCAGGGGGACCGGCGGCAAGGGGUCGUAGAGCAAGAUGAAGUCCGUGUUCAUGGUGGCCGAGAAGCCGUCCCUGGCACAGUCCCUGGCAGACAUCCUGAGCGGCAAGAAGUGUGCGUCCAGGAAAGGGUUCAAUGGGGCGUGCAGCGUGCAUGAGUGGUCCGGGGUGUUCCAGGGGCAGAGUGUGCGGUUCAAGAUGACCUCGGUGUGCGGCCACGUCAUGUCCCUCGACUUCCCGGGAAAAUUCAACAACUGGGACAGAGUGGAUCCAGCCGAGCUGUUCAAAUGCCCAACCGAGAAGAAGGAAGCGACGGCCAAGUUGAGGAUGCCAGAGUUCUUAGGGAAGGAGUCACGGGGCAGCGACUACCUGGUGCUGUGGCUCGACUGUGACAAGGAGGGGGAGAACAUCUGCUUCGAGGUCAUCAACUGUGUCACGCACUCAAUGAACAGACAGACCAGCAAUGAACAGAUCAUUUUCCGUGCCAAGUUCUCGGCCAUCACAGACCGGGACAUCAAGGCAGCCAUGAACGCCUUGGUGGAGCCCAACGAAAAUGAGUCCAGGUCAGUGGAUGCGCGCCAGGAGCUGGAUCUUCGCAUCGGCUGUGCUUUCACGCGCUUCCAGACCAAGUUCUUCCAGGGGAAGUAUGGGAACCUUGACUCCUCCCUGAUCUCGUUUGGGCCGUGCCAGACUCCGACACUUGGCUUCUGUGUGGAGAGGCACGACUUCAUCCAGUCCUUCAAGCCGGAGACCUACUGGGUGCUGCAGGUCAAGGUUGCCGUCACUGAGGACAAACAAAUAACUCUGGAGUGGGAGCGUGUACGGAGCUUUGAUAAGGACGUGGCCAAUGUGUUCCUCAACGUCGUCAAGGAACAGAAGCGAGCCAAGGUGGUGAAGGUGGAGAUGAAGGAGAAGACGAAGCCCCGCCCGCCAGCCCUCAACACCGUGGAGCUGAUGCGAGUUGCCUCCUCCGGGCUAGGGAUGGGGCCACACCACGCCAUGACCCUGGCCGAGCGACUCUACACCCAAGGCUACAUCUCCUACCCACGCACGGAGACCACCCACUACCCAGAGAACUUUGACCUCAAAGGAGCGCUGAGGAUUCUGGAGGGGCACAGUGACUGGGGCAGCACGGUGAAGGAGAUCCUACGCGAGGGCAUCCAGAAGCCUAAGAAGGGACACGAUGCAGGUGACCAUCCCCCCAUCACCCCCAUGCGCUGUGCAGACCGAGGGCAGUUUGACCACGACUCCUGGCGGCUCUACGAGUACAUCACAAAGCACUUUAUCGGCACCCUCAUGCCGGACUGUACCUACCUCGGCACCACCAUCAGCUUCACCAUCAGCUCCGAGAACUUCAGCAUAUCAGGCAAACAGCUCAUUGAUCCGGGCUUCACCAAGGUGAUGGACUGGUUAGCCUUACAAGAUGAGGAGAAGCUGCCAGACUUGAAGGCAGGGGACGAGCUGGCUGUGAUUGAGGCUAAACUGACAGAGCGGCAGACAUCCCCGCCGGACUACCUGACAGAGUCGGAGUUGAUCAGUCUGAUGGAGAAACACGGCAUUGGCACCGACGCGUCCAUCCCCGUCCACAUCAACAACAUCUCCCAGCGGAACUACGUGCAAGUCUCGGCCGGACGCAAACUUGUGCCAACCAACCUGGGCAUUGUGCUGGUGCAUGGCUAUCAAAAGAUUGACCCUGACCUGGUCCUGCCCACCAUGAGGAGUGCCGUGGAGGAGCAGCUGAACCUCAUCGCUCAGGGCAAUGCAGACUUCAACUCGGUGCUGCAACACACGCUGGAGAUCUUCCAACUCAAGUUCCAGUAUUUUGUCAAGAACAUUGAGGGCAUGGAUGAGCUCUUUGAAGUCACUUUUUCUCCACUCUCAGCCACUGGACGGCCGCUCUCAAGGUGUGGCAAGUGCCGACGCUACAUCAAGCUGGUGGAGACCAAGCCUGUGCGGCUGCACUGUGUGACCUGUGAUGAGACCUUUGCCGUGCCCCAGAACGGAGUAAUAAGAGAGUUCCAGGAGAACAGAUGUCCACUGGAUGACUUCCAGUUACUGACCUGGUCUGCGGGAGCCAAGGGCAAGAGCUUCACCUUCUGUCCGUACUGCUACAACAACCCGCCCUUCCCAGACAUGUCUAAGGGUGGUGGGUGCAACCUGUGCUCCCACCCAACCUGCCAGUAUGGGCGGGACAACAUGGGGGUGUCCUUGUGCAUGGAGUGUGGAACGGGCAUCCUGGUACUUGACCCAUCCUCGGGGCCCAAGUGGAAGCUGGCGUGUAACAGAUGUGACGUCAUAAUCAACCUCUUUGACAAAGCCAACAAAGUGCAGGUUCUUGAGGAGAUAUGUGAGGGCUGUGGCUCCCAGACAGUCACUGUCGAGUACAAGGAGGGCAAGAGUAAGCUGAAGGACGGGCAGCUGACGGCCAGCGGGUGCAUCUUCUGCAGCCCCACCCUGCUGCCUAUGGUUGAGAAGCACCGUGCAUCUCAAGAGGCGGGGCGGGGACGAGGCCGGGGCCGGGGAAGAGGGAGAGGAGGAGGAAGGGGUGCCCGGGGCGGAGGAAGGGGCAGCAGAGGGCGCGGAGGGGGACGGGGCAGGAGAUAGCCCUGAAGGGGAUGCUCGCAGUGGCUUGCCGUGUUCAAGUUGAGCCCGGCCGCCGCUUGACAAGGAGGGACGCAACCUUGAUGGACUUGGGCUGAUGCUGCUUCAGGACGUCCAGGAGGCGGCUCAUGGUGCGGCCCGUGUCGAUGAUGUCCUCCACCACCAGCACGUUGCGGCCCCGGAGGUUACUC